UUGGACACUGAUUCCAACAAGCCCAGCCACAACCAAAUCUAAACAAAGAAAUUAAGUGUAGUCACUCCUCCAAAUUCCAACUUUCACAAUGUCUCAUCUCAUCAUCGGUGACAAUGCUGUUGAUCCAUUCAUUUUUCGAGAAUACAUUGGCGUGAAGCCAUACCCAGCUUCUCUUAAUAAUUUCCCAUAUGAAAUUAUUAUCGCCAAGCAUUUCCAUUUCAUUUUAGGCUUUGCCAAUGAUAGUUACAACGAAGAAGGAAAAGGCACCGGAAAUUUUAACGCCAAUUGGAAUAGUGAUUUCUUCGGUCCUCAAAAUGUGAUGGCUCUCAAGAGAAAGUAUCCCCAUGUCAAGGUGGUAAUAAGCAUUGGAGGUCGUGAUGCUAACUUUCCAUUCUUUCCUGCUGCCAGAGAAGAAUGGUGCGGCAAUGCCGUAGAUUCGCUCAAAGAGAUCAUCCGAUCAUACAACGACUGUUCCGUCGAAGAUAACAUCUUAAUUGAUGGCAUUGAUAUUUUCUAUGACUACAUCAAUACCAAUGAAAAUGAUUUCUCCAACUACGUUGGGGACGUUAUAAAUAGACUCAAGAAAGAGGUACGUAUCGAUGUGGUGUCUAUUGCUCCAUCCCAUGAAACUCAUAAACACUACAAGGAACUCUACUUGGCAUGCACUGACGAUAUUAAUUGGGUUAACUACCAAUUCUACAUGCAGCCUAUCCCCUCAAAGAACGAUUUUCUAAACCUCUUUCUUAAUCUUGCAAAAGAAUAUGAUUCUAAUAAACUCCUAGUAGGAGGAAGCUCCGAUCCAAUUGACGCAGAUAAUUUUAAUCCAGACGAAUUCGUUGAAGCCUGCAACGAUCUCCACAAAACUAAAUCGCUCCGUGGAAUUUUCAUUUGGAAUGCUAAUGACUCCGCCAACAACGUCCCACCUUUCUACCUCGAGAAAAAGCUACAAGGGGAGUAUAAAAGAUUGACUAAUUAAUUACUAGCUCUAUGUAGCCGGUAAUUAAACUUAUAAUAUCCACUAUCUAUAUGUUUAAUUAUUCGGGUCAUUUAUCAAACUAAGGGAUGGCUAUGACGUUCCUUGCUGUAGUUUGAUAUACAUCUUCUAAAUAAGACCCAAAAAAACUUUAAUUAUUGCAUGUGUGUGUUUUGUGUGUCGCACAGGUUAGUUACUUGUGCUAUGUACGUUGUUUUAAUAAUGAAUGAAUAUGUUAUUUUUAUCUUUA